AGCUGCGGCCGCAGCUCAGAAUAAAACUGUACACCAAUUACGAAAUUUGAAAAAUGGCACUACAUCAGGUACAACAUCGGGAACUACGGCCUCGCCACCACCUGAUAAAGGAUCCUCUAAUGUAGCAAGGGAGGAGUACCUGUUUGAUGUCUUCGAAACGAUAAUUUCAACUUUAGAAUCAAAAUUACAUAGGAUAGAAAAUUUAGACAAAGCAGUUGAGCAUCUCAUGCGAAGAGUAGAAGGUUUAGAUGAUAGAGUGAAUAAUAACAUAGACAAAACCGAAUCAGUGAUUGCCAAAUUGAGAAUAAUUGAUUCUAAAUUGUUUCAAACACCAAACAGAUUAUUUUUUGAGAAAAAAUCCGAUACUUACGCCGAAUCAGAAAACUUAGGUAAAAAAUUAUUGGCUUUAGAUCAAAAAGUGAGUGACAUCGAUGAUAAAUUGAACACUUUAAAAAACCAAUUGGAUAUUAAUUCUUUACAAGGGGAAGAUAUCAACGCAGAAGCAAGCGAAAAGAGAUCAGUUAGCAUGAACGUAGUAGAAAUAACUAAAGCUCUUAAUACUGAAGUAAUGAACCAUGUUACUAAAGAACUAAGUCAGCUUCGAGAAACAAGUAGUGGUGUAGAUAGAAAACUACAAUUCCAUAUUAAUACUGUCCAAGAAAAUUUAGGAAAAAUUCUAAAUAUGAUGACCGAUGUCCAUCACGCUAUUAUAGAUGACAAAAGAGGUUACACCGAUUAUUUCUACAAUAGAUCAUACACUACUACACACAGACCUGAACGUCAAAACAAAAUUGAUAGCUUAGUCGAAAAAAUAAAGCCGAUAAUAACCGUUUCCGAAAAAAUGGACGAGGUUUGGAACGUUGUGGUUGGUACAAAAAGUUCAGUGGAUGAUCUGGUACCAAAAUCAGAUGAAUUAUUGACGCAAACUCAAAGACAAGAACGAGCCAUAGGAGAAAUACACAAUGAUUUGAAAAUGAAAACUAAUAAAAUCAUUGCCAACUUAGAUAAAGUAGAGAAAAGAUUGAAAAAACAAGAAGAUGAUGUUGCUACUUUAGCUCAAAAACCUGUACCAGCUGAAAUAUUACUCAACCCAUCCUUGGAAAAACUAGAUGACUUCGAAUCUACUAGAUAUAUUGAAGAUUAUGUAACUGAUACAACACUUCCUAGUGGUUUCACUACUAUAUCUCCUCCGAUAACACAAACGUCUAUACAUAACAGUGUAUCUACCCAAGUAGGAAGUUCAGCUUCAACUACAGAGAAGAGGGUCGAAAAAAGAAAAGGCGGUGUUAUUUUUCCCAGUGUUAAAAAUAAACCAACCCACGUAAAUUCAACUUUUGUUACAUCAGAUGUUUCCCCAGCUGUUAAGGAUGUUAGGGGUUAUUCUUGUGUGGACUUCCUUAGCGCUGGGAUGAGGAACUCUGGAAUAUACUACCUGCAAAUACGAGGUACAACCUACUGGUUUUUGAAGGUAUUCUGCGAACAGGAAAUAGCUGAUGGAGGUUGGACGGUAAUUCAACGAAGAGAUGAUUUCGGUUAUCCGAGGGAAAACUUCAACAGGGAUUGGAAUGAUUAUAAAAAUGGGUUCGGUGAUCCGUCGAAGGAAUUCUGGUUGGGCAAUGAAAAUAUAUACAUGCUGACCAAUAACGAAGAAUAUUCUCUUAGAGUUGAACUUGAAGAUUUCGAAGGUAACAAGAGAUAUGCUCAAUAUUCACACUUUAAAAUAUAUUCAGAAGCUGAAUAUUAUAAACUGGAAAUAGACGGCUAUGAAGGAAAUGCAGGCGAUUCUCUAAAUGAUCCAUGGUACGGAAGUAAUAAUAGCCCAUUUUCUACUUAUAACAGGGACAACGACCGAUCAAGUCUGAAUUGCGCUUCUAUGUUAAAAGGUGGAUGGUGGUGGAAAUCCUGCGGGCGAGGAUUGAACGGUCUAUAUUUGAAUGAUCCUCAAGAUUUGACAGCAAGACAAGGAAUUGUUUGGUUCCGGUGGAAAGGUUGGGACUACACGCUUAAGAAAUCUGUAAUGAUGAUAAAACCUCGAAGCUUUGUUAGCGGCACCUAG